CAAAAACCCUAGACCAAACAUUCCUUUUCUCCUUUCUCCUCCAGCGGUUUCUUCAUCUCUCCUCUCUUCUUCCUUUCCUCCAUCUCUGCAUACCUUUUCUGCGUUUUUUCGGUACUUCUACUUCAAUUUGGCAAUGAUUAAGAGAUGAAUUGAAUCAUGGAUCACUGUGCUUUUCUAGCCCGAUUGUCUAUCGAAAACAAUACAUCCUACCACCCUCCCCUGAUCCCACGUGUGGGAUUUCACUGGGUAUGUUGUUGUUGGGAUCACUGUGCAUACUUGACUUGAUUGCAUAUGUAGAUGUAAUUAGGGUAGUUGGUGGUAGCCCAAAGAGUAAAGUUUAUUCCUUUCCGAAGAAAAAUGAAAGAGGAAGAAGUAAAUAGGUGCCAGAUUCAGGAGUGGUAUCCCAGAUUUAAAUCUGAUUCCAUAAAAACAAUGAUUCAUGAGCUACCCGAAUCCUUUAUAGAGUACCUUAUGGAUGAUCAUGGUCCGUUCCUUCUCCCCCUUUCCAUUGAUGAUGAUGAUGCACUGCCUAAUAGGAUCCAUAAACCUGAAGAAGAGGAGGACUUUGAAGUGUCUGAAGGCUCAGAAGAUGAAUCAGAACGACCAUCACCUCCUCCUUCUUUCCCGGAACUAGAAACAAUGAUCAAGGAAUCUAUAAAGUCCCUUGGAGGUUCUGUCUUCCCUAAGCUUAAUUGGAGUGCACCAAAAGAUGCUGCAUGGAUCAGUUCAACUGGGAAUCUUUGUUGCAACUCUUUCAGUGAGGUUGCACUUCUACUACGGGCAUCGGAUUCUCUAAUCCAUGAUCUGUGCCAUGUGUAUGAUUCCUGCAGUGAUAAGACUGUCUCAAGGCCCCCAAAGUUUUUCCUUGCACUUCGCAAAUGGUACUCAUCCCUGCGCCCCGAGAUGGAAUUCCGCUGCUUUGUACGCAAUGGGAUCCUCGUGGGGGUCUCUCAGCGCGAGGUGACUGGAUUUUAUCCUGCUCUUGUUGAGAAGAAAGACGAGUUGAUAACAAUAAUCCAGAGAUUUUUUAUAUAUAAGGUGAAGGGAAAUUUUGAAUCAGAAAGUUAUACUUUUGAUAUAUAUGUCACAAAUGAUGAACGAGUUAAGCUUUUGGAUUUCAAUCCUUGGGGCGCAUUUACCUUACCUUUGCUUUUCACCUGGGAGGAAUUGGAAGAUAAAUUGAUUCAAGAGGGAGAUUGCUUGGAGUUUAGACUUGUAGAUAGCCAGUGUGGGGUCCGUCCUGGUUUGAAAACUGCAGUUCCUUACGAUUACCUGGAUACUAGUCCAGGUAGUGGUUGGGAUGAGUUUCUCAAAAAGGCUGAUGAGGAAUUGGCACAACAGAUCAGGUCUCCUCUAGCAGGUGCUUGAUUUUGUUUGAUGUUCAAACCUUUUUAGAGUAAUUUACCAAUAAUAUACUUGUGGUUUGUUAUAAUAGUUCUUGACGUAUGUAAACCAGAUUGAUCUUCUCAUUUAUUUGCUUAUUUAUUCUUAAUUCAUUUCUUUAAAGAA